CAUGUACAAAAAUAUUUGCAUAACAACAUUAGAAUAAGAAAGAUUGAACUAGGACAUAUAAGUAUUAAAUAGUUUAACUAAUAUUACUGAAAAAUCCAUUAAAUCUAUUUUAAAUGAAUACUUGAAGAUUUAACAUAAUGAUUAACAUAUAGUAAAUAAUUAUAAAUUAUUUUAAAUAGAAUAUUGAUGAAACAUGGUUAACUAUGCAAUAAUAAGAAUUAAAUAUUCCUUAAUUAAAUAAAAAAUAAGGUACCUAAAAUCUUAAAAUACUUAAAAAGCUUGUUUAAAAUCAUUCUAAAGAAAAAAUUAAAUUAAAUUUACACUUAUUAAAAGGGAAAACAUUAGCAAAUAUUAAGAAUUCAUAAAAUUAAUCUCCAGAGAGAAUUAAUCCUACUCAAAAAUCAUCCUCUCAAUAACAUAUUAAUAAUAGUUAAGAGGAAUGUUAAUUUAAAUCAUUUAUGAAGUAAAAAAUCAUCACUUUAUCUCAAUAAAAUAAAAUUAAAAUCUAAUAAAUUUUCCAAAAUAAAAAUAAUAUUGAUUAAAAUUAUUAUAUAAAUGCUUAAGGAAAAAGAAGCAGUACUCAUUUUAUCACUAGCACAAGAAGUAUUUCAUCUGAAUAAAUAAAAACUGAAUAAUUUCGUUUAAACUAAAUAAACUUGAAUGGAUCAGAUUUAUAGAGUUAAUAAAAAUUAAUUAAUCCUUUAAUACAUAUUCCAAUAUAAUCAUCGAAUUAAUUCUCAUCUCAUAAUAAUAUUUCUCCUGCCAAAAAGAAUUAAUAACUUAUUUAAAUUUAUUCAAAUAAUUUAGGUCUAAAAUUAAAAACUUAACCAAAAAAAUCUCCUGAAAAAUAAAGAAUUUUUCAUCAUUCUAACUCAUAAUCAACAAAAUUAAACAUUACUAAGGCUCUUUUAUAAAAUUUUGAAAAAAUUUCUCCACUUUCAAAACUUAAAAUCAAAUUAGAUGAUUCACAAUAAAAAAAUAAAAAGAAAAGAUUGUUAAAUUAAAAUUCAGAAAUAAAUAAGUUAUAAAAGGAUGAAAAAUAAUUUGUUAGAGGAUAAUAAAUUACUGCAACUAAAAAUCAAGUUACAGCAAAAACAAUCAUAAAAACUAAAUGA